AUGUCCAACUUCAAAUAUUCAUUUUCGAUCAUCACUCACACACACACAAACUAUCACUCACAAAGUGAACAAGCACUAUAUCUUGAAGACUUUGGCAAUAAAAAGGAUGGGCUGCUGUCAACUGUUCUAGUCACCUCCUUCCCUAUCUUCUCAUCGAAAAGGAAGCCCCAAACACCCCAUUUCCAUCAUCCCUGUUUGUUGCUACCAUCUCCGGUCGCAAACAGCUCCGGCGACCCUUUUUACAGAGAAAAAACCUCUGAGAAAAGUCCUCCCUUUGCUCGAUCGUCUCAGCCCUCCAAGCAACCCCUCACCACUACUGCCGGUGAUAGCAGCCAGCUCAUAUUCUCACUACCGCUAUCAUAUUCCAUUAUCUGGAUUUUGGUUCUUGGCUUAUUGAUUCCUAGCGUCCAUCAUAAUUGGUCGUGCAUUUUCCAUCUUAUCAAGUGUUCUUUGUUAGAGAAGGUUAGAAUGGAGAAAUUAGGAGAUAGAAUUGCAGCCUUUCGACGGAUCUGGAACCCAUCACGAUAUCAUGACUGCAAAAUUGCAGCCCCCUGCCAUAAAAGGGAUGACUCGGUUGUUAGUGUUGGUGCUCUUUUACUUGAUGGACUUGGAUAGAUGUGAGUUCGAUAGAUGGGUAAAAUAGUCACACAGGAUGAAGGGUAAAAUGGUUAUCAAAUAAUCAACCCAUUUACUAUUAUAAGUUGUUAUAAUUAGGAUGCCAUGGAGUAGAAUAGUCCUUAUCAUUUCAAGCCACUUACUAUUUCAAUAGCACCUAAAAGAGUAGUUGAUUAAAGAUUAGGAAUGCUAACAAAAAAAAAUUGCCAUCUAAUAACACACCCAUCCCUAAAAGACAUCGGUAAUAAUACAAACUUGUUUUCAUCAGAAUGCUUUCUAAAUAGAAACUUUUAUAGCAACACAUUUUUAAAAAUUGUUUUUUAUGUCUAUUUAGGCAAUCUAUUAUUUUACUUUGAAAAUGUGUAAUCUGGUAUGAGUUUCAUUAAAACAACCAGACUUUUAUUUGUGUUAGUGUUACUUACACUCCAAAAUUAAGAACACCACUAGAUUUAUGAAUUAAUCAGUAAACUCAUGCUUUUUAUUAAAAUCUAAUGUUUGAAACAUUAUCGCAUUAGGUCGCCUGGGGGUGACUUAAAUAGUUAGAUUAGAUAUUGAUUUCGUUCGCCAGUUGUUAAUUUUUCGACUUAUUUUUCGAAUACAACUGGUGCACUUGAUUUUCUUUCUAUAAUCGUGAAAUAGAUAUUGUUAAAUGGUAUUUUACCUUUUAUCCUUGCCGACUUUGUUACAGUUGGAAAAGAAGCACACUAUUGGUUUAGAGAAGAAAUUAGGUGAAUCUCAAGGCUGUAGUGAAGAAAGACGCAAGCAAUUGGGAUAUUCAGAUAAAAAAAAAAUACAACAGUUACACGAUCUGAGCAGUGGCAUAAUUGAGAUGCUUGAAAAAGGGAUGCAUGUGAUCAGAUUUCAUGUCAAUGUUUGUUAAAUUGCUUGAUGAGACCCAUAGUUCCAUAUACAAUGAGUGUGAAUCUAUAAAAAAAAAUUACGUUCUUAUUAUAAAAACAUUAUUCAAAUGUUUAUAGCUAAUAGUUAUACAUAUUUUUAUUUGUAGUUUGAUAAAAUUAUUUCAUAUUUUUGGAAGUUUACUCAUGAAGUCCUAAUAUAAUUGAAA